AUGGCUUUCUCUAUUACUGGAAGAAAUAUCCGACGUGAGGUGGACAAAUCUUUCGUGGGCAAAAAGCACAAUGCAAUUGAUGAUUGUAAACAUCAAAUCAUCUACGUGAUCAAGUGCCAUGAUGCGUUUCGAGGACCGCAAGUCUCUGCCAUUGCGCCUGUUUCUGCUGGUCCAGCAUCGGCCACAACUUCAGAUUCUUCUAGGAAGCGACCCAGGACCGUUUUAGAUGACAACCGCUCUAGAAUGGGUCUGGAAUAG